CAUUCAUAGGGGCUGUUCAGGCAGGCAGGGCAAACCGCCGAAGCGGCCGCGCACACAGCAGCGACGUAGUGUGAGCUACAUGAUUUUCUCUCACUGAAGAAAAGACAACCCCCCCGCCCCCCCCCCCCACCACCACCAGGCCAGGUUUCUCUUUUACCGCGCUAUCAUCGCCAUUCGUUUCGUCGUCGGGAUCCCGCGCCGAGCUACAACCGAAGCACAAAUGGAUUUGGCGUUUCUUCACUGAAGACCCGGAGGUCCUCUCCGCCCCCGCGCUCAGCCUGUCGCGGAAAUAGACCGACUUCCUCGUAGCCGAGUGGUUCCCGCACGGCUGCCCGCAGCCCCCGCUCCCCCCGCUCGGCUCGCCGAGCCCAGACCGUCCGCAGCCCGCAGCCCGCAGCCCGCCCGGCCCCUGGCAUCUGGCACCUGGACGCAUCGCCGACCGCCCCGUCGUCGUUGCAGCGAAGCCGAAACGUGCGCGUGUGUGCAUCCGCCGCCUGUAUAAUGCCGACACAUCUACGAUUCCGGAGAAGGUCAUUCCUCGGGCUCAUAUUCUUCUUUUCGCUGUCCACCUCCCUGUUGUACUUCAUCUACUCCGCCCCCGGAAUCGUGAAUGAGUAUGUGUUCAUGGCCCAAGCCACGGGGAUCCAGAUCAGAGAGAAUGUGAAGAACAUUGGGGCACAGGUUCUGGAGCAGGUGGUGAGAGGGGCGUACAGCGUCAACGGCACAGAUUAUUCCUAUGACUUCAACUUGAGUGAGAGCGAUUCUCCUCCCCCCACAUACCUCCCUGAGGGAUUCACCUACCUCCCCUCGCAGGUCUGUCCUGACAGACUGCCCUCCAUGAAGGGCAGGUUGGAGGUGAACAUGAGUGAGGUAUCUCUGGAGGAGGUGGAGAGAUCCUUGCUAGAGUCGGAGCCUAACAUGGCCCCAGGAGGCUACUGGAAGCCCAAAGACUGUUUACCUCGCUGGAAGGUCGCGAUCUUAGUCCCGUUCAGGAACCGACAUGAGCACUUACCAAUCCUCUUCAGACACCUAGUGCCAGUGCUCAGGAAACAGAGACUCCAGUUUGCCUUUUAUGUCGUAGAGCAGGGGGGCACGGAGCCAUUUAACAGAGCCAUGUUGUUCAACGUGGGCUACAAGGAGGCUAUGAAGGACCUGGACUGGGACUGUCUGGUCUUCCACGACGUGGACCACCUCAUGCAGAACGACAGGAACUACUACGGAUGCACAGACAUGCCCAGACACUUUGCGGUCAAGCUCGACAAGUACUCCUACAUGCUUCCAUAUAAUGAGUUCUUCGGCGGUGUCAGUGGCCUGACGGUGAAGCAGUUCAAGAAGAUUAAUGGAUUUCCUAAUGCGUUCUGGGGCUGGGGAGGAGAGGACGAUGACCUCUGGAAUAGGGUGCAGUUUGCCAACCUCACAGUAAGUAGACCACACGGAGAGCAGGGACGCUACAUGUCCAUUCCACAUCACCAUCGUGGGGAAGUCCAGUUCCUUGGAAGGUAUAGUCUACUACGUCACUCAAAGGCGAGACAGAAAGUGGAUGGUCUGAACAACCUAAACUACUCCCCCAUAGUGUCCAGGAGGCCUCUCUACACCAACAUCACAGUCAGCUUGAGCAGAAAGCUUGCACCCAUAGCCGACUACUGACAUCGGCACCGCUGGACUGCAGACCACCUGGGAAUCAAAGUCCUCUGGGACGUCAGCCAUAUAUCACCAGUUGCAGUACUGCUUAGGACUUUUCAGUUGAUUGAUACUUUGCUUUUUUUCUUUUGUUUGUAUGCAAAAAAAAAAUGAAGACUUAAAUAAGUAAGAUAAAUCAGAGAAAAAAAAAUAGGGAUAAACGCUGCACUUGUUUGUGCUACAGUCCAUCACUCCUCUCAUCUGGGCUUAUCUAGUCUUCUUUCUCCACAUGCCUUUUUGCACCAUUUUGGCCUUCAGCAUCCAUUUCAUUAUCCAUUCAUUCAUUUUUGGAUUCAGUCAACAAUAGGUUCGGCCCUACACUGUUGUGCUUGUCUAUUAGAAUAGGCCAUAAUGAUCACACGCUCAUUCAAGUGCACGCACACGCCACACAUGCACGGACGCAACAUUUUGACCUGCAUGUGCUGACAUGGUCCCUGAGGCUUUAGAAUUUUACUUUGCUCUUGCACUUCUUAUCUUCACAAAUGCAGUAAACCUGUGAAAACACUGAACACCUUUACACACACACACAUACACACCCACUCGACCACCACAUAGCAACUUUAACCGAGUGGAUUCCUGCAGCUGGUUCUGCAGAAGGUAUGCCAAAUCUACAAGUGACGAGAGCAAGAAAAAAUGGCUUAAAGAAUGAGUGUUUUCAUUCAUAUAUAUAAAUAUAUACAUAUAUAAACUGUAUGUAAAAUAUUUUAUCCUAGCUUUGCAGAAUAUUGAUACCUUAAUCAUCUCUUACCAACAAUAUUUUGUCCUGUGAACAUACCAUUUUAAAAACUGUGAUAGUUUGAUGUUUUUGUUUGCAUAGCGUCGGAUGUUCUGGCUGCCUGAACGUGGCUGCAUGUAGGAAAGCAAUGCUCAUCCUGUAAGCAAUAAGCUUUAAAAGCAGACAGCAGAACUUAGACCUGAUUUCCUCACUAUACAGAUGCAAUAGCACGGGUGCUACCAUACCCUUAUUGGACUACAGAGAACGAGUGACUGUGUAUGCAAACUUCACAUUCAACAGACUUCACAUGCCACCCUUUUCUCAGCUGUGUGCGUGCGUGUGUGUGUGCAUAUAAAAGUGAGGGAGAGCUAUGCAAAUGGCCUGUGUGUGUGUUCUGUUGUCAGUGUAAGGUCAUCAGCGUGACCUCCAGGAGGCUUCACCCUCCUGAAACCGACGGACUUGACUUCAGACCUCACUUUGUGUGUGGUGCGCAAGUCCAGGCCAGGGGCAGAUGAACCGUUUUAUUUGUAGAUCCCAUAUCCUCAAUGUUUACUCACCUUCAUUUUUACAGAAGAAGAUUGGAGGUAGAAAAUACUUGAUUGCUGUCACUGGUGUUUACAGAAGCUUUUGCUUUGUUAUUUUUUCAGAUUGUCUAGUGUUCGUAAUGACAUUAGCCAGCCCUCCUUCACCGCGGGUGCUGUGAAAUCUCUUCAAUGACGUAUCUAUGGCUGCCUUUAUUUAUUUUAUUUUUUAACUGACACUUCUUGGAUGGGGGGGGGGGGGGGCAGAGCUCAAUGCUCAACUGAGACAUCAGGUGAUAAACCACCGAUUGUCCCCGUUAGCUUGUACCCAGGUUUUAGCUCUGGAGUUGUGUGAAUCCGACUUUCAGUAGUGGUGGUCUCAGCAGAGUUUCGGUCUGUUUUGUGCACAGACCGGCAGCACUAUGGCAGCAUGCAGGGGUUGCUAUAAUUUCCCUCCUUUGUUUGUGUGUGUGACAGUGUUGAUUUUUGAGUAAAAUGUCCCAAUACUGAAAACAUAGUUCCCUAACAGAAAAAGUAAAAACCCACACACAUGCAGACACUCUUUCCUUACCGGCUGUCCUCUAGUCAUGCAGCUACUUCAUUUCACACGAAUCGCCUUGUAUGCAUUUCUUAAGAAGAUAUCUUUUUGGGGAAAAUGUGGCUGGUCAACAAACUGAAGUAUCCAACAAUGAGAGAGAGAAAAAAAGAAGCAUAGAGGCGGGACCUCUUUUUAUUUAUUUGAUCUUUUAUGGAUUAUUUUCUGGAAUUGUCCAGUUUUUACUUUUCUUGCGAUUGAUGUGAUGAUUUAGUUGGUGACAUACUGUAUGACAGUGUUAGAUGCACUGAAACUUGUAGUUAUGUGUCUGUGUGAGAUUGUGAGGUUCAGGUCUGUGUAAAAUCGUUCCGUUUCGUUCGGAUGCAGAUUUCCUCUUCGUAAAUUACAGGAGGAGCUUUUUUUGAUGAAAUGGAACGUAGUGGGGAGGGGGGGCCGCAGCUUGGUGUGUAUUAAUCUGCUGAAUGGACACGUUGGAGGAGGCCAUUUUGUGUGACAACCACAGGAAGAGCAAGACACAGAAUCAGACAAUGCCAGUGGUCACUGUCUUUCACUGGGCGCCCUCUUUUAUGUUUUUUUUUUAUUGAUAAUCAAUGGUGCUGACCUUCCGGAGCUCCUUUUGAGGGAGCCUCUUACUGCUGUACGUGCUUACCGGAACCAACCCUGACAUCGUAAAUGCUCGUAUCAUCAGGCAAAAACCUUCUUUCAGCUUUUAUGGCUCUUUUAUCUAAUUCCAACCCACAACAACAACAAAAAGUGGUGUAGAUGUUCUCUCAACAUUUUUUUCCAUCCAUACCUUUUUUUCAUCCAUACCUUUGUCAAUCCUGAUGCAUUUCCAUCCUGCCAGGUUCAGAUAAUGUAUGUUUUUAUUGCUCCGGUUCAUUUGCUACAAGCAGAAGCACGUGUGUACCUCCUAGCCAGUCACUCAGGAGGAGCCCAGUGAAAGUCAAGGACAGUAGCAGCAUUUGUGUUAAGUUUUUCUUUUCCACGUGUGUUUGAGUGAAAUGGUUAAAACCUUCCAGGGGUCUAACUGUCCUCCAUCUAGAUUUUGAGGAUUUUCUUUGUUUGUUUGUUUUCCAGCACUGAUUAGAACAUGAUUCAUAGUGACCUGGUUCUCACAGAACCUGCAGGUCAUUUUUUUCAUUCCUAACACUUUCAUGCUAACAUUGUGUAUUACCUUUUUCUUUUUUCUAUAUUUUCGUUGCUUUAAAUUCAAAGCUAGAUGGACAUUUAGCAAAAGCCAAAUGGUUCUAGUUUGAGUAUGCAGGUGCAGAUUCAGGCCCCCGAGCGGCCUCAACAUGAGAGGGCCCUCUGGAUGACGUAGAUAAAGAUUCUUAGAGUCAGUAUUAGACAACAGGACUGGUUAUCUGUGACUGCUGGACAGCUUUGUCCACAGGACGACUUGGUAACAGGAGCAAAUCGAUCUCUCGCUUCUGUCAAAAAACAGGAAAUAUUCUUAGCACCUGGCGACAAAAGCUCGUCUUCUUCGUGUUCCUCACUUCCUGUGUGUGGUCUCAGUCCAGACCAAGACCAAGCCUGCUGCUCACAAAAGAGCCUUCAUUGUACCAUAAUCUCACCUGCUCUGAUCCAUUCUGUGCCAGUUUAAAUGAAGGGACCAUUCUUUGGGCAUCUGACAAGACUGGCAGCCUUAAAGCUUCUUAAUUUAUUGCAGUGUUGCUGUUGUUGUUUUUCACUCAAGUUGGUUUUUUUUUUUAUAAGCGAAUAUAUUUAAAUUGAAGAAAAAAAGUGCAUAUCAACAUGAUGAUCAUUGUAAAUAUUGUUGUGUGUAGUGUUUUAGAAAUUCUAUAAGGUCUUAAAUCACUACAGAUGCUACCGUUAAGAACAAGUUUUGGAGGGGGUUUGGCCGGGGGCGGGGGGCGGGGGGUAAAUUAUCUGGUGCCAUUUUAAGUGCUAGUGAAGCUUACACAGUGACAUCAAUGUUUUUACAUCACUGCUUACCAGCACAGCCUUUCUUUUCUUUCUUUUUUCUUAUCUUCUUUUUCCUUCUUUUUUUUAUUCUUAUUAGAAAUAGCCCAUCAAUUUUAGAUUCCUCUCAUCAUCUCAGAGGUGUGGUGCAUUCCAGAGGCCUCCCUGUACUUGACAUGCUCUAGCAGUAAGAGAGACGUAUCACGGCAGACGCUUGACACCAAUCUCCAGAUGGAAUUCAGUGUCCUUGUGUCUGCGUGUGAUGUCUCUGUGAGUGUGACGGCAGUCGGGGUGAGGUGUAGGUCGGACGGAAGCACUGCAGGAAAGCGUCAUGUGUCAGCCAAAAACAAUAUUAUGCUUACAAUGCAAUGAAACAGAGGCACCCAAACCAGCGACACGAUCUGCUCCAAAAUCUACACCAAUCAAUAUUUUUUCUUUUUUUUUUGUACGAAAGCUAUCUACUUAAAAAAGAAAUAAAAGAUGCAGAUUGCUAAAUUGAAAAUCCUAUCUUCUCUGAUUGUAAGGAGAGAAAUUCUCCUUGAAUUGAAGCCAUCUGAAGCCACUUGUCAAAACUUGAUGUCAGCCUUACGUGGAUCUGUUUGUGUAUCGGCAUAUUAUCUUUUGAUUAUUGAAAUUUGUAUGAUGGAGAUUUUCUUUUAUACCAUCAUUGUUAUUGUCAAAGUACACCAAUAAAACUUACAAAACACA